CUUUGAAACUCUAAUAACUACAUUCAUUAAAAAAAAAUAAAAAUUAUGGUCCGAAUUUUUAUUGUUGCGUCCAUUUUAGUGGCGCUUUCCGUUAUAAAUGCCGCACCUAUUACUGAGAGGUGUGAUGAAUGUAAAAGUCCUAAACUCCCUGCUGUUGAUUCAUAUCCUAUUGCUGGCAGGUCAUAUCCUAUAGCAGAGAGAUCAUACCCCAUUGCCGAGAAGAGAUCAUACCCCAUUGCCGAGAGAUCAUACCCCAUUGCCGAGAGAUCAUACCCCAUUGCCGAGAGAUCAUACCCCAUUGCCGAAAGGUCAUACCCCAUUGCUGAAAGGUCAUACCCCAUUGCUGAGAGAUCAUACCCCAUUGCCGAGAAGAGGUCAUACCCCAUUGCUGAAAGGUCAUAUCCCAUUGCCGAGAGGUCAUACCCCAUUGCCGAAAGGUCAUAUCCCAUUGCUGAGAGAUCAUAUCCCAUUGCCGAGAGGUGUGAUGAAUGUAAAAAGCCUCCUGGUGCUUAAUAUCCUAUUGCUGCAUGCUGAAUUUUUUAAUUUAUUUGAUAAAUUAAUUUUUUAAUAUACGCACGUAAUUUAAUAAAUUAUUUACAUUAAUUAACUAUAAUUAGUGAUACUUAAUAUAAUCUACAAUGUU